AGAGCUCUUGUAAGGAAGAUGGUUGACGAAGCUAAUUUAGAGAAGGUAGCUCUGGAAAAUCGUGUUGAAAAUAUGGAAAAUGCCUUGAAGGAAUUGAUGGCUUCCUUCCAAUCUCUUCAAGCAACCUUAGUCACAAGGACACCUUUGACAACAAAUCCCUUGUUUGAAGGAAAUGUUUUUGUCGCAAAUCUCCCUAUGGCCACAUCUGCUUCAACUCUUGGGAAGAGGCCAAUGUCAUCUUGCCCACCAAAUCUGACCAUUGUUGGAGCUUUUGGGACAAAACCUUUUGUUCUAAAUGCUAGUGUUGCUACAAUUCAGUCUAAUGAAAAUGAUCAAGUAGAGACUCAAGUUGUCGAGCCGAUCAUAGAGGAUAAAGACAAGGCAAUUAAAGUGAAGGUGUAGUUGAUAGAGGAAACACUAAAAUCGAUAACUGUGCGAUUUUAACGCAAACUGUGUAAUUCCGUGCAAAUGACCUCAACUAAGCUUCUCUUGAACCUGAAUGAUGUUUACCAUGCCUUGAUAAUCAUCCAAGCUUUGAUUUGCUUGUUGUAUGUUGUUUUCAACCCAGAUCCACUCAAUAAGGCCAUUUAAAACUU